AUGAGAUACAAAAGUGAAUCUGAACCAUUUAUUUAUUUGCCUACUGGAUGCACUUAUGUUUCAGUUUAUAAUGAUUUUAAAAAACAUUUUUAUAGUGAAAAUGAUCAAAAUGAAAAAAUUAUUUCUUAUUUUACUUUUAGAAGACUUUGGCAAAAAACAAUUCCUCAUCUUAAAUUUCAAUCGCCCGCGAGUGAUCUUUGUGAAGUGUGUGAAACUUUUAAAGCAAAAUUGUUAGUAGCUAAGUCCAAUAAAGAUGAAUACGAUCAAAUUAAAGUUCAAUAUGAUCAACACUAUGAAGCGACAAAUCGGAAAAGACAACAUUAUAAUAAUAAUAUAAAUGAAAAUGCAAAAAAUUUAAAUCAAAGAAGUAAUACAUUAGCUGAUAUUUCACAAAUUAUUAAUAAUUUAGCUAAAGAAAACACAGCAAUUGUAUAUAACAAUGGAUUAGGUUGGACGUUUAAUAAUUCACCUAACGAUAUUGGAAAAGUUUAUGCAUCAAAAGAAUCUGGAGGAAUAGAA